GCUAAUCACAUUCCAGCUUCGCGAAGUGGUUAAAAGUUACCUGGGUAUUUUACAUAGUUAAAGGAGUUUACCGGAAAGACAAGUCUGGUGCUUUAGAAGUUCAGUCGAAGUCAGUGAGGUCACUCGUGAUUCUCUAAUCAAAACAACAGUUUUAAUUAUGAUUUUUAAUUGAGAGGAAUAUAUUUAUUUUGCGCGUCGUUGGAUCCGCGGCGUUUGGAUGCAAUUACAAGUUAAUUAACCUGUUUCGGGAUAUCGAUAUGGAGGAGUCCGGUGACUUGUAUGACGUGCAUGAGACCAAUGACCCCUCUUCUUGGGAGGACCAGCACCCCCAGUGUGUGCAAGACGUGGCAAAAGUGGAGUGCCUCAGGAGGAAGAUCAAGUACUACUUCAUGAACCCCUGCGAGAAAUACCACGCUCGUGGACGUAAACCAUGGAAACUCAUACUGCAGAUCAUCAAAAUUGCCAUUAUUACCAUCCAGCUGGUUUUAUUUGGGCUAAGCAACCAGAUGGUUGUCACUUUCAAGGAUGAAAAUCUGAUGACAUUCAAGCACCUCUUCUUGAAAGAUUAUGUGGACGGAGGCAUAGAUCCGUAUGCUGUUUACAGACAGGCGGAUGUUUAUGAUCACAUUGAGUACGUCAUUCAACAGUAUCGGCUUCUGCACAACAUCACAGUAGGCAAUCAUGAAUAUGAGAAAAAGGACAGUGUCUACACCCCACUGUUAGUGUGUCAGGAUUUCUACAGGAACGGGACCAUCUACCCUUCAAAUGAGACCUUUGAAAUUGAUGCUCAUGUGGACACCAAAUGCCUCAGAGUUUAUCCCCAGCCAGUACACGAAGCGCUUCCACAUUUUAAAUUGGAUUUCAUAAGGUUAAUAUCUGUCAAGAUUACAUUUGUUCUCAAGGCAAUAAAUUUGCAGACAGUGAGACAUCGAGAGCUGCCAGAUUGCUACGACUUCACUCUUAUCAUCACUUUCAACAACCAAGCUCACAGUGGCCAGAUAAAGGUUGACUUGGAAAACGAAGUAGACAUCAAUGAAUGCAGGGAAUGGAAAGUAACUGGAGCAUAUGGUAGAAGCAUAUACCUGACUGUGCUGUUUGACUGCCUCAUCAUUAUAAUGUGCAUCAUUUCCUUCGCCCUGUGCAUGCGCUCGGUGAUCACUGGGAUUCAGCUGCAGCUCGAGUACAGCCAUUACUGCAGGAAACACUUCGGCAAGGAGCUGUUGUGGUCUGACAAGUUGGAGUUUGUGAGCGGCUGGUAUAUCCUGAUUAUCGUCAGCGACACACUGACCAUCAUUGGUUCCGUUCUCAAGAUAGAGAUCCAAACAAAGGUCCUCACCAGCUAUGAUGUCUGCAGCAUCUUCCUUGGAACAGGCACCAUGUUUGUCUGGAUGGGGGUGAUCCGAUAUAUGGGAUACUUCAAGAAGUAUAAUAUCCUCAUCCUGACACUCCGGGCAGCUUUCCCAAAUGUUAUUCGUUUCAUCUGCUGCGCGGGAAUCAUCUACCUGAGUUACUGUUUUUGUGGCUGGAUUGUCUUAGGCCCGUAUCACGAGAAGUUCCGGACGUUGAACACUGUGUCAGAGUGUCUGUUCUCGCUGAUCAAUGGAGACGACAUGUUUUCCACUUUUAAGAACAUGAAGCAGAAGAACAGCCUGGUGUGGAUGUUCAGCAGAGUCUACCUCUACACCUUCGUGUCACUCUUUAUCUACAUGAUCCUCAGCCUUUUCAUCACUCUCAUCACUGACACCUAUGACACCAUCAAGCAACAGCAGCAGAGUGGAACCCCAACAUCAGAGCUGCAGAAAUUCUUGUCAGAAUGUAAAGAUCUGCCAAACUCUGGGGUGUACAGACUUGACAAGAACAACAGCUGUUUCCUAAACUGCUUCAUCAACAGAUGCAGGAAGUAUCGAACUCGAGAGAGGCUGACUUCAGAGGCGUGACAUGAUUUCAUUGUGGAAACGCAUUAAAAAUUAUAAUUAAUGUGCACUUUAUCCUGUUAUAUUCAGCUACAGUGGGAUUUUUUUAACCUGACUGAACCCAGAUGGUAAGAAGUGAAGCGCUGUGAUGCCUUUCUCCUAGUUUCCUAUGAACACUGUAUGAAAAUGUUUUUAAAUCACGUACAUCAUACUGGAAGUUGCAAAUUCUAGGUAAUAAAUCAAGGUUCAAUGAAUAA